CUAGUUCAGAUAGUUUCAGCAUUUCUUUAUUAUAGAGACAGUCACACCAUAAUGGAUAUUACCAAGGUUUCCCUAGCUUUUGCUUGUCUCCUGGUCCUAGCACAUGUCCUCCCCUCCCAUGCUCAGCUCUCUCCACAAAACUUGAUCAAUGCGCACAACUCAGCUCGUUCCGCUGUAGGUGUUGGCCCAAUGACUUGGGACCCCACCUUGGCUGCAUACGCACAGAACUACCUCAACCAGCACAUUGGUGACUGCAAAAUGGUGCACUCUGGUGGACCUUAUGGAGAGAACCUUGCGUGGAGCAGCGGCGACUUGACUGGCGUGGCUGCCGUCCAAUUGUGGGUCAAUGAGAAGCCUUACUAUGACUACCAAUCCAAUAGUUGCAUCGCCGGUAAGGUCUGUGGGCAUUACACUCAGGUGGUGUGGCGCAACUCGGUCCGUCUAGGAUGUGCUAAGGUGAGGUGCAACAACGGUGGAACACUCAUCAGUUGCAACUACGAUCCUCGAGGCAAUAUCAUUGGGCAGCGACCUUACUAAUAAAGGGCCUAUAUAUGUAUUUGGUAUCAGGGUAUUGCAGAAAUUAAGCAUAUAAUAAUGAAUAAUUCCUUGAGGGACGUAAUCAUGAGAUAAACUAAUUAACUUAUGAGUAAUAAUUUCUUAAUUAUGACCUUGAUGCUUUAUAUAAUUACUCCCUCCCUUCAUCGGUCUUAGUUUUUUUACAAAUUAUUUUUGAACGGUUACAAAUAAAAGGAAAUUUCUUUC